AUGAAUACUGCCUCAACUUCAGAAAGUGGAUCAUAUUCCACAAACCACCCAGGACCCUUUAUUUAUGCUCAGUCAUCAGCUCAACAGCCUUAUCCAAAUCCAUGGUGCCUCAGUUAUGCAUACAGUCCAUACUGCGUACCUGCUCCAGGCUUCCGAAGUGGAAAUCCAUAUUUUCCAUUUUAUUCUGUUGCGCUCCAUGAGUACCCUAGAUUUUUUGUCCCACAGCACCCAGUGCAUGCAAGAAUUAACAGAAGGCCUUAUUUUAAUGGUGCCCCACCUUCCCCUAUGUUUUAUCAUGCAACAAGAUUUAGGCAUUAUAAUAGCUCUGGGAAGAAAAUGGAGACAAAAGAAACACAGACUGAUCCUAGACAGCCUGAAAGCAAGCAAAAAAGGCAUCAAGAUAUCCGUACAGAAACGAAAGGUUGUGAUGCAGGAAAUACAGCCUGUGUUUCUCCUGGUAUAGGUACAGAGACUGAAACCACUUCAGAGAAACAAGAUUCAUUUGGCUCUUCUAUUGUGGUAGACAGAGAGUUUCAUAAUAAGAACCCUGCCAGCUCUACACAGUACAGAAAUCUUCCUACUGGAAGCUAUGCCUUUGAGAAGGAAGAAGUGAGGAUAGAAUACGGAAAUGGCUCUCCAGCUAUUCAGCUGUGGAAGUCCUUUAAAGAAACAAUCCCAUUGUAUGAUGUGGCAAGCGGUAAACCAGUUCCAGAGAACAUAGUGCCACAUGACUUAUUUUCUCUUAGCUCCUGUGAAGGCUUGCUAUAUGGCCCUCACGAAGGGGAGAAUAUGCUGCCAGGAGCUUCCUUAGAUGAGAGAAAAGCUGUUGUCGCUGCCAAACAGGGUGCUGAAGCUGUGCAAGAGAAAGAUGUCCAAAAUAAUGAAGUUAAGCUGGAUGCAGAAAAGAUGGCAAAAUCCCCCCCAGGUGAAACCAUGGCAGUGCAAAUCACAGAGUUGGCAAGAUCUGUUGGUGUAGAUCAACAAGUGGUAAUAGCUAAGAAAUCUAGCACUAAAAGGGCUGCAGGAUCAAAAACUUCUCAAGAAGAGCCUAGUUUUAUUCAACAAGCAGGACUACUUCCAUCUAAUAUGGAGGUAAUGAGUGACUUUCAGCAGAAAAAGCUGAAUUUAAGCCACAAUGCAACCAAUGAAAGGCAGACAGAAAAAAGUAUUUGGUGUGACAAAUCAAUUGAGAAGUUUGCUCCCUCUAGCAGCUGGCUGGCUUGUUUGGACAGUAUGGACACAAACUACAAUGCUUGUUUGCCACAAAGGAAGCGUCGAAGUGUAAUCAGUCUGUCCUCUGAUGACAUGUCCUCUGGAGAGGAAGGCUCAUCUACUGAUAAUGCCCCAGUGUCUUAUUUUGUGCCUGACAAUGUGCUUCAGAAAAGCAUGUAUACUCUUCAGAAAAGUACAGAUGGCUUAGAGCAAAUUAAACAUGGUGGAUCCCCUAAUGUAGAUGAAGCGGUAGGAAAGGAGCAGGUGAACAGCCUCAAUGACCAAGAUGUCAACUCUUCAAACACAAAGAUCAAAGAGGCUUCCAGUAAAGGCAGAAAGCUGGGAGCCCUUUCUAGGUCCUCUAGUAGGAAAGAAGUCGAUUCUCCCAACAAAAAAGCAACUAAGAGCUUGUCAGAAGUUGAGGACUCUGAAGAAUAUUCUGCGAAGGGAGAAGAGGAAGAUGGAGAGGAUGAGUAUGACGGGGAUGAGGAUGACGAUAUAGAUGAAAUUGAGUAUUUCUUUCAAGAAGCCCCUCCAUAUGGCAUCUUGAGGCCAAGUAAAGGAAAUUUCUACCAAGUUGGCCAGAGAGUGCUUUGGAAACCAUCUACAAAUGCUGUACCAGCACAAUUAAUUAGCUGGCCAGCUCAAGAGAAAAUAAAAACUAGGAGUGGGCUUGUUGAAAACAUUGGUGUAGUUUAUAAGCCAAGGAAGAGAGAACAAGAUGAAGUGUACAGUGACUAUGGGUAUUAUGGAAGAAAGAGGCCUAUGACAAGAAGAGAAGGACUUGAACACCAGCGAAUGCUAUGGAAAUUCUUGAGAGGAAGGCUGUUAAGAGAGAAUAUGGGGAUACCACCUGAAGAGUACUGGAUUAGAAGUGGUGCUAAACCCAGAUUUACCAGCCAAAUACGUGGUAGUUUCUCACCUCCAGCAAGGAGCAAAGAACAAGUGUGCCCACCUUUGGUUAAACCGAAGAAGAAAAGAAUGGGCAAGCCACCUUCAAAACGCAGAGACAUGAGACAUGAGGUGGAAGAAGUAGAAAUGUGGGAGCUGCCUAAACACAGCACACACAAAGGUUGGUAUACAGUGACAAGCUACAAAAAUGACUGUUACGAGCAUUUUUUCUAUCUUGGGGACUGA